UAUAUGAGCGCGAGCGGCGGGCUCUCGGGUCUUUUUUAGCGCCAUCUGCUCGCCGCGCCGCCUUCUGCUCCUCCCGCCGCCGCCCUGAGUCACUGCCUGCGCAGCUCCGGCCGCCUGGCUCCCCGUGCUACCCACCGAUAUUUGGCGUUCAUACAACAUGGCAGACAUCGACAACAAAGAACAGUCUGAACUUGAUCAAGAUUUGGAUGAUGUUGAAGAAGUAGAAGAAGAAGAAACUGGUGAAGAAACAAAAAUCAAAGCGCGUCAGCUGACUGUUCAGAUGAUGCAAAAUCCUCAGAUUCUUGCAGCCCUUCAAGAAAGACUUGAUGGUCUGGUAGAAACACCAACAGGAUACAUUGAAAGCUUGCCUAGGGUAGUUAAAAGACGCGUGAAUGCUCUCAAAAACCUUCAAGUUAAAUGUGCACAGAUAGAAGCCAAGUUCUAUGAGGAAGUUCAUGAUCUUGAAAGAAAGUAUGCUGUUCUCUAUCAACCUCUAUUUGAUAAGCGAUUUGAGAUCAUUAAUGCCAUUUAUGAACCUACAGAAGAAGAAUGUGAAUGGAAACCAGAUGAGGAAGAUGAAAUUUCGGAGGAGCUAAAAGAAAAGGCCAAGAUUGAAGAUGAGAAAAAGGAUGAAGAAAAAGAAGACCCCAAAGGAAUUCCUGAAUUUUGGUUGACAGUUUUUAAGAAUGUUGACUUGCUCAGUGAUAUGGUUCAGGAACAUGAUGAACCUAUUCUGAAGCACUUGAAAGAUAUUAAAGUGAAGUUCUCAGAUGCUGGUCAGCCUAUGAGUUUUGUCUUAGAAUUUCACUUUGAACCCAAUGAAUAUUUCACAAAUGAAGUAUUGACAAAGACAUAUAGGAUGAGGUCAGAACCAGAUGAUUCUGAUCCUUUUUCUUUUGAUGGACCAGAAAUUAUGGGUUGUACAGGGUGCCAGAUAGAUUGGAAAAAAGGGAAGAAUGUCACUUUGAAAACCAUUAAGAAGAAGCAGAAACACAAGGGACGUGGGACAGUUCGUACUGUGACCAAAACAGUUUCUAAUGACUCUUUCUUUAAUUUUUUUGCCCCUCCUGAAGGUAAAUAGUGUUUUACUUUGGGUAUUUAUGGUUGUUUUAUUGUAAGCUUUGUUUACUUUUUAUUCAUUUGAAUUUCUUUUCUCAAUUUUGCAGUUCCUGAGAGUGGAGAUCUGGAUGAUGAUGCUGAAGCUAUCCUUGCUGCGGACUUUGAAAUUGGUCACUUUUUACGUGAGCGCAUAAUCCCAAGAUCAGUGUUAUACUUUACUGGAGAAGCUAUUGAAGAUGAUGAUGAUGAUUAUGAUGAAGAAGGUGAAGAAGCGGAUGAGGGUUAUCAGCUCUUUGAAGAAGUCAAAAGCUGCAGUAAACUUUUUCAACGUUGGCUGCAGUAAAUCUUUUCAAUAAAACCUGUCUGGAUGUCUCAAGUUGUGUUGGGAAAUCUUUCAUAUUAGAAGCUUUCAAAUUAAAUUGCAUUGUCACCAAACUCUGUAAUCAUGAAAAUCUGUUGACUUAUAGAGUAACUUGUAUUAAAUUCUCCCUACAUUAUGAGCCGUUUCUUCCUAUUAUGUACCUACUUCAUGGAUGCAUUUUGAACUUUAAUAUAGGAAGGGGAAGAAGAAGGAGAUGAGGAAAAUGAUCCAGACUAUGACCCAAAGAAGGAUCAAAACCCAGCAGAGUGCAAGCAGCAGUGAAGCAGGAUGUAUGUGGCCUUGAGGAUAACCUGCACUGUAAUAGCCUAAACACAACUAUUAUUUACUUACAGCCUUAUGUUUUUGUAUUUUCUUGGUAGACUCAAGUUUUUUUUUAAAGGAAAGGAACUGAUAUUUUAAAGACCAAAUUUGUUCUACUUAGCAUUUUAACUAGUUUUUCUGCCAGAUACAUUGAAUGCACAAAUUCUCUCACGCAUGUUUGUUCAUUGCUACAUAUUUGGUUCUUCCUGGAGUAUUUUUAUCUUGUAACUACUAGAUUACAGUUAUGAAAAUGAACAGAACUGUGAAAUGAACCAGAUUUUUUGUCUUGCUAAUUUUUUUCCUGAAGAACCAAAGUAUUUUUUCAGCGGGUAGUUGAAUGGGUUUAAGUUCACUUGCACUAGCUGUGCCUUUCAUUACUUUGUUACAGAAAUACGGUGACUUAUACUAAGACAAUUCAUCAUUUAAAAAACAAUACUUGUCAAGACAAGUAUAUGGUUAAGAAUUUCCAGUAAGACCACACCUGAUAACUUAGAUUGUUAAUGGAUUUUUGUAUUUCAGGUGACAGUUACUAUAAAGAAAUCUUAUUAACUAAUAGUAUGGUUAUUGGUUACCACAGGGAGGUGAAUAAAACCUAGUAUUUUCAGAAGUUAAGUCUCAUUAUUUUUAUUUUAACUGUACUUUUAAAAUUUAACCUCCAUUAACUAAGCAUCUUUUCUUUGUGGUAGGGUCUACCUUCUGCUUCCCUGGAAAGGAUGAAUUUACAUCAUUUGACAAGCCUAUUUCAAGUUUUUUGUUGUUUGUUUGCUCGUUUUUGUUUUUGCAGCCUAAAAUAAAAAUGUCAAAUAUAAUUUUA